UGUUAAUCAGAAUUAUAUGGUAAAAAGAUGAAUGAGCUAAAGUAUCUGUUUCUGGCCUGGACCCUGUUUUCCAGGGUUCAUGCUGGAAAUUUCUACAAGUCUACCAGUGAAACAACUCGAACAGAUAGGGCACUAGAUGAUUAUGAUGACAAUGUUCAAGAAGAUGGUUCUUCAGGUUCCCUUUACGGGAAAAUUGAAGAUGGAUAUCUUGGAAAAGGACUUAACAGCACAAAAUUAACCAAACCAUGCUAUCCACGUUGGGCCAGGCAUCCUGGAAUAUCCUUGAGGGCUAACUGGGGCACAUCACAAAUGUCAAGUGUUUUCAGUAGUCCAGCUGACAUAAAUUCAGGAAUAGGUUCCAUCGAAUUCCGAACCCGGAAAGCAGUAAAGAGUGUGGAAGAAUGUGCUAGAAGAUGUUUGCUGGGGACCAAGUGUGAUAUGUUUACUACUCUCUCAUCUGACCGCUGGGUUGAGUGUAUUUACUAUCCACAUCUUAAACUCAAACAUUUACCACUUUAUCAGGUGACAAAUCCUGAUGUUAGUAAAAUCACAUUUGUUUUGGAAUGUGAUGAUAGUUGGGCGACUAUUGAUGCCACUAAAAACUGGGAGAACUCUGAUCUUAAAGGUUUGGAGGAAACUUCUAGCUGUUCUUCGCCUGAAAAUUACAAUGGAUCAACUCAUGACAGAUAUUUUCAUCAAAUGUUGCCAGCUUGCCCUAAAGGAUGGAUUGACUACAAGAAUAAAAAAUGCCUACUUCAUAGUGAUGUAGAAAAACUAAACUACUGGAAUGCCCAUGCCAAAUGUAUUGGAAAUGAUGCUAGGUUAAUAUCUAACUUGGACACAGAGCUUCUAAAGUUUGGACAAAAUCAAAGUUGGAAUGAUGAAUAUUGGACUUCCUCUUACAGAACAAGCUAUAAUCCUACAGCGUUCUUCUGGGAUUAUGGAUGGUAUCGACAGCCACUUGGAGAUAUUUCAAACUGGGAUCUAGAAGCUACUAAUGAUGAAUCAAAAAAAGAAGAUUGUAUCCGCGUUGAUGGUACCAUAAUGAAAGAUAUUUAUUGUCAUAAGACAGUGAACUAUGUGUGCGAGAAAGAAAGAAAUCUGAAAGGCCUUGGUGGACAAGUUGAGGGGAAUAGUGUAGAGAGGAUAGUGUACUGCUCUGAUUUAAAGAUUCAAUAUGAUUUAAAAUAUGAUCUUAAUCUUGAAGCUAUCAUUCCUCAUCUUCCAGAGGAAUAUAUUAUGAAAUUUAACCCAACUUCCUACUUGAAAACAUGGAUUAGGUCAAUGCCUGGAAAUCCAAAAAAGGUUGGAGAAUUUAGAGUUUCUGCUGAAGUUGGUGAGGACAUAGUUGUUCAGAAAACGCUUCCUAUGACAGAAAAAUCUGAAAGCAUCCCAUUGAUAAUUCCAAUUGAAAAUAUCUCUGAGUUACCAAAGUAUAUCUCCAUCAAAGCAUCAACAACCGAAGGGGGUUUAAUAUCAUUUUCCCCAAUAGAUAUUAAAGUUGACCAGCCUAUAUAUCUGGGCUGCCUCAAGUUUACUACCAGCAACAGUGAUCUCAAUGUUAUAGAUUCACAUUUUAAAUGUUUAAUCCACUGUAAAUCUGUAAGAACACGGUUUUCUCUGUUCUCUCCUGGAGCUUGUGCUUGUAAAAACGAAACUGAAAUUAACCAACUGUUUGGAUCAGAUUCAAGCCAAGCUGAAGAUGUUGAGUGUCAAUCUUUGUUCUCAAACAGUGUGUUUUCUGUUUAUGUUGCUGAAUGUGAAGAAGAGUUUGUAAGACUAGGUUCCAGAUGCUAUAAGAGUGUUGAGAAAGGACCUCCUGUAUUACUUGAAGAAAGAUGCAACCAAAUAAGUUCACAUCUUUGGGCUCCCCGAGCCCUUGCAGAAGUUGAAUCCAUUCUAAACUUAUUUCAAUCUGUUGAUAUGUACCAUCUUGGGGUACGGAGAAAAGAUAUAAGAGAGGGAAUCAUAUUUAAUGAUCUCACAAUUGAACCAGGAUUUUAUCCUUUCUAUUAUUCAUCUGGAGAACAUGAUGGGUUUAAGUUGGAUCCAGAUCCUAUUGCUAAUGAUAAUUAUUUUGGUUCAGGCAAAGUGCUUACAAUUGAUGGGGAUGGUACAGUAAAAGUAGCUACAGACAAACAGGAUGGGUUUGGAGUCUGCCAGAAGGAUUUAGUCCAACCCUUGGGGCUUUAUUGGCUUAUCGAUGAAGUGGAGCUGCAAUACAAGAUACAUAAUGAAGGAAUGGAUUUUCUUGAAAUAGAUUCAUCUAUUCUCCCAGAUUUUCCUGGAAUACCCCUGAGAAUUCAGUUAACUAGGGGCACUGGGGCAUCCUGGAUUGAGAUAGAAUUAGCGAAGAGAGUAAUGGUGGAUUCCCUGUUAAUAACAACUAGCCCAAAGAACUGGAUCAAAGAGUUGACUGUAAAUAUAACUGAAGAAGAUGUAACUGUACCAAAAAUCAAAGUAUUCUACUCAUCCCCUGAUACUCUAACUGAACCAUAUCAAAGGAUUCUUAGAUUUCCUCAGCCUUAUGUUUUUGAGAGGAUCAAGAUCCAUAUCCUGAAUUCGUCUGCAACUAUUGAAAUGAAAAUAGAGUUUUUGGGCCAGUUCAUAUCUAAGAUGAUACCAGAAGGGUUUCUGGACCAUGGUCCUUAUGUAAUAUCAGAGAAAAGACUAAGUGAAACUGAAGAAAUUGAUGAAGAUGUUAAGUACAGUAUUUGCCCGCAAGGAGGAAUGAGGUUUAAAUGCAACAGUGAAGUUGCUCCAGCAUGCAAAACAACUGCAGGCAAAUUGUGCAUCUUCCCUUUUAAAUACCAGGGUAAUUCUUUCAAUACCUGUCCAUUAUUCAAUGGUAGACCCUGGUGUGCUACAACAAUUGAUGAUACAGGUAAGUAUGAUGAUGCUAUGAAGACAUGGGGGUAUUGUAAUCAAACAUGCGCUCAAGUUUGCAAGACAACUGUAGGAGACUAUUGCAUUUUUCCUUUUAUUUAUAAGAAUGUCACUUACAAUACAUGUGUAUCAGACAGCAAUGGAUACUGGUGUUCAACAAAGGUUGAUAGUAAUGGUUUACAUGCUUUGGGCGAUAAUUGGGGCUUUUGUGAACAAAAGUGCACCCAAGGACCAUCAUGUGGAGUUGAACUGUUUAAUGAACAAAUUAAAGUUGGUAGCAUUGCAUUUUCUCAUGGAGUAGAGCCUGGUAGAACUGUCAACUCCAUCAUGGCUUCAAAUACACUGAUUGGAGCCACUUCAAAGGUUAAAGAAGACACAAGUGAUAACAUUGGCAAAGACAUAUAUAUAUAUUGUGAAAAUGAAGGAUCUAAUUUGCAGGUGUAUGUCAAUAACAAACUUCAACUGAUUGACAUAGAAUUUGACAAAAGUAUAACACAUGUAAAAUUGAAUGGACCUAUUAGUCCUGGAAAAUUUGAAAAAGCCUUGCGAAAUCAAUCUGCACUUUUACCACCAACCACUCCCAAUACACUAGGGUGUGAUAUCACAGGAAACAUGUGUUCAAAAGUAUUAAAUGAUGAGGGAAAAAUUAUACAAGUGUAUGAAACAGUUCCAUCUAAAGAGGUGGAUUAUAUGGAAUUGGAAAUUGUGUGGAAUUGUCAUCGAGCCCCAAAUUUUCAUUCUCUCUGUAAUAUGCUUGAGUGGAAAUGGAAAAAAGAUAUGGUCAGUGGCAGGAAAGAUGAAUUGAUUUGUCCAGGGGAAGAAGGAAACAUCAAGCUUGGGCUACAGUGUCUCAGGCUUAAACAUAUUCCUAAAUCUUUCUCUGAAGCUCAACAAUCCUGUUCAGAAGACACAUCUGGAUUUAUUAAUCCUCCUCAAGGAGCCAUUCAAUCAGAGAUAUUAAGAUUAUACGCUGAGAAAAAUGAAUUAAGUUCAUUUUGGUUAGGAGUAAUUAAAGUAGAUGGAAAAUGGACAAAGAUUACAUGGGAUCCUAUACAUCUUGAUGAUUUAAACAUAGUUAAUACAGAAGCCAUUGGAAACUGUAUGAUUGCAGACUCUGAGAAUCAAUUUAAACCUAAAAUUGUUGAUUGUGGAGAAAAACAUGGGUAUUACUGCAAUGCUUCUCCAAGCUGCCCAGCUGGAUUUAAAUGGGUUCCAUCAUUAGGACAAACCUGUCUUGGAAGUGGUGUUGGUGCAAAUGACUUAAUUAAAGACUACCAUUCAGGUUUGAGCUUCUGUGCCAAAUUUGGGUUGAGUUUGUAUACACCAUCCACAUCCAAUGAAUUAGAAGACUUCUUAAAAUGGCGUGACCUCAAUAAACCAAUAAGCAAAAAUGAUUUUAUGAUUGGCCUGCGCAGAUAUUGGAGUGAUGAAAAGGCAUUUUUUGUUUCCCAUUAUUCUCUUGGUGAUUUACCAGACUCAACUUUUCCAAGCCUUAAGGGUAAAGGAAACUGUUUCAGUGCUUCAUUUGAAAAAUUAAAUAAUGAUAGCUGCUAUGAAGAAAGAGAAAUUAGACCCAUGAGAGCUGUUUGUCAGUAUAAGGAGUGCACCACUUUGGAAAAGAAAAUUUGUAUUUUCCCAUUCCGCUAUAAAGGAAGAACAUAUGAUACUUGUAUUUACUCUGACCAAGGUAAGCCUUGGUGCAGUCUACAGGUUGAUGUUAACAGAAACCACAUUAUUGGAGUGGAUACUGUUGGAACAUGUGAAGAAAGUUGUGCAGUUCAAUCAUGUCCAACAGGAUUUUUCAGAAUUGAUAAAAACUGUUUUCAUCUAUCUGCUCGAACAAACAAUGGUAUAGUAGGUUCAACUGAGGAGGCUCAAAGAAAAUGUUUAGAGAUGGGAGCUAGACUGUAUCAGCCAAGAGACUUCAAAUCUUUUGCUGAAUUAAUUGAUAGGGAAAGCAUCUUUUUGAAGAAUUCAUCAUUUCAUUUUCUCCAAUAUCAAAGUACUGAAUCCUUUAUUGCUAUUGGAGCUAAAGUUGAAUCAAUUGGACCAACUAUUUCCAUCAAAUACUUGGAUGGUACUAAAGCAUACCUUAUAGAACAAUUGUUAGAGAUUGAUGAAAAAGUAGCAUGGCCAAUGCCAUAUAAUAAUGAAGCCUGUAUUAUGCUUAACAAAGAUGGAAACAUGACAGUUGAAGAUUGCUUUGGCUAUGGUUUACACUCAAAAAAACUAUUGGGUUACAUUUGUGAAGCUAAAGAAUUUUUGACAGUUGAUGGUCCUGAAUCCAAUACUACUUGCCUUUUCCCUUUUCAAACAAAAACAGCUGGGCCUUUACACAACACAUGUGUUUUUGAUGAUUUGCAUAAAGGUCCAUGGUGUGCUACAGAAGUGGAUGAAAAAGGCGUUGUUAUAUCAGAAAAAUGGGGAAUUUGCAGAGAUGAGAGAUUAAUAGCUAUAGAUGGAGUAGGAGCAGGGAAGGAAUGCAUAUUGCCAUUCAUUUUGGACAAUGUUUGGCAAACAACUUGUAUAUAUAAUCCAAAAGGAGAACUUUGGUGCCCAACUAACAUUCAUGAUGGAUCUAGAGUCUUAAAUGAUGCUACUUACGAAGUUGGAUCUUGCCCAGAUUUUCUAAAGCCAGUGAACUCAGACUGUAAUAUGAAUUAUGAUUUAGUUGACCAAGUGUGUUUAAGAGUUUCUCCAAUUCCUGAGGAUUUUGACAAAGCCCAGAUCAAAUGCAGAGAAGAAGGAGGAAACCUUCUAUCCAUACUUACAGACUCCUUGUUAAAAUCUUUAGAAAUUUUCAUUUUAAAGUUAAACUCUUCAGAACUAUAUCUCUCUCAAUCCUUAAACAUUACCUCUUUAACAAAGUUUUGGAUUGGUGGUAUGUUCAAGGAAGAUAAUUGGUACUGGAUGUCAAAUGGUAAAAAAGUAAACAAUUCUUUACCAAAGAUUACUUGUGGCAUUGAAGAAUGCACUAAAUCCUCUGGCUUGGUAUUUAAAUUAGAUGCAAACACAUUGGAGGGUAUUCAAAUUUCUGAAAAGAUGCCUUACAUCUGUCAAUCUUCAUGUCCUGUAGGAUUUAAAUGGCAAAAGAAGAUUCAAAAGUGUUUGAUGAUUGUAGACACCCCUAAUUCAAAGACCAAAUCAGCAGCUACACUUGAUUGUGCAAAGAGAAAGUCAAAUCUUUUAAGCAUUGACUCAUGUGAUGAUUUGUUGAAACUCUCCGAGGAUAUCAUAAUAAAUGGCCAAACUACAUUUUGGCUUGGAUUUUACAGUGUUAACAAACUGACAAACACACAUCGAAGGUCAAACCAGGUAUAUGGAAUCAAUUCAAAAGGAUAUUCUUGGAUAAAUGAUGAUUCUUGUAUAAAAACUGCAGAAGGAAAUAGAGUUUCAACUUUUCUAAAAGCAAAUGAUAGUGAUUUUACUGCAUACUUAAAUCUAAGCAAAAUUAGUAAUCCACAGAUAAAUCUACAUGCUUUACAUCAGCAUGAUACCAUAAAAAGAGGUUAUAUUUGUGAAGCUGAAAAGGAUUGGAUGUGCCUCAAUGAUCAUGUGAUGUACCAAGAAAACUGCUACCACUAUGUAAACAUGUCAACUUCAUUUACAAAUGCUUUUCUUCACUGCAAUUCUAUGCAUGGUACUCUUGUUGAACCAAAGCUUUUUUCACAAAUUCUUUUCCUUCAGUCAUAUUUAUCAGAGCUAGAUAUGAAGGUCACAAUAUGGACUGGGUAUAGAAGAAAUAUGCUCAAAGAUGAAAAAAGGGGUGCCAAAUAUUUUGAGACUUCAACUUUUAAAAAAUCUGACUUUGCUCAGGAUCUUCAAGCAUCAGGGGAUGGUGACUGUCUUGGAAUGAACAUAACAGACUUGAAUUGGAUUUGGAUGAACUGUUCAGAGAAAAUUGCUGUUGUGUGUCAAACACCACAAAUUCCAACAGCAGAAGCAGUUGAGCUUAUUCAUGAUCCAUUAUUGGUGUUACCUAUGGACGACACACCUAAUGACAUUACCUACCAAAGUUGGAUUUCAAAUCCAAAUGAGAAAGUUAUUCAAACCAAAAUGCCACAACCUUCAGAUUUUCUUGGACAUAUGCUCUCAUACAUUGAUGUAACCAAGACAUUUUCAUUUAAAGAGGGAAUUACUAUUGCUUUAUGGCUGCGAUCAAUUCAAACAAGUAGAAAAGCUGUUAUCUUAGAUUUCCAAGAAGAAAAGGAUACACAGGGUCUUGUAUUUUACAUUGAUAAUAAAAAACUAAACAUUGACCUUUGCAAUAACAAAGAGUGCACAACUUUUACAUCUGCCUAUUUGUUGCCAGAAAAGUCAUGGACUUUUGCUUCAGUCUCUUUUGAUAGUCUGAAUAAAAUGGGAACUUUCUAUGUUAAUGAAACAUUUGGUUUUGAAGAAUUCAAAUCUUCAUAUUUCCAAUAUGAUACAGAGGAUUGGUUAUUCAUAGACUCUACUUCUCUUGAAAAGCCUAGACUAGGAUCAGCAAAGUUUCAAGAAGAGGACAGAGAAGAAAACUUCUAUGGUCAAAUGUCUUGCCUUAAAGUGUUCUCACAGUACUUGUCAGUGGCCCAGAUGUAUCAUGUGAUGAAGAAUUGUAAAAUUGAUGAUUCUUAUACCAAGGUCUAUGAAUGUCCUGAAGGUUUCUUCCUACUUCAUUCUCAAUGUUACAAAUUGCAUACAGAGCAAAUGACAUAUGUCAGUGCUGAACUAACAUGCUUGACCUCCUUUGAUUUUGAAAGCUAUUUGGCCUUUCCAGAUGAUUAUUUCAGCCAUGAAUAUCUUUUGCAAAUUCUUGUUGAACAAGGAUUAGAAGACAUUUGGUUGGGUUUGGAUUCAAUGUCAGUUCAUCCACCAGGAGAAAGAUGGAUUAAAAGUGAAGGAAAUGAAGAAGAGAAUUUGACUUGGUCAGAUGGUUUCCCUGUUAGUGGUGUACAGUAUUGUGCCUUUUCAAACACUACCAUAAUCAUGGGAAAUGAAGACUGUAAGCAGAAGAAGCCAUUUUUUUGUUCUGUUAGACAAGAAACUAUCCCAAAAUGUCCUCCAAAUUAUUUCAGUUACAAGGAAAUGUGCAUUUACAAGAACUCAAAUAAAACCUCGUUUUUGGAAAGUAAAGAACAAUGUGGUCAUUAUGGAGGAAUAGUAUUGCCAAUACAGACAAAAGGAUUGUUCGAAUUCAUAAAGCACCAUGCUGCUUUUCAAAAUUCAUCUAAUCUGUAUAUUGGGAUGUACAGGACUAAUGGUUUAACUAGAUUUACAGAUUUCUCUGAAUACAAUUCAUCAUCUUAUGAUUUCAACGGUUCAAAUUUAGUCAGGGAAGAUCUUCCAUGUGUCUUUCUGGACAAUGAAGAUGGGUUUAAAGCAAAGCAAACUGAAUGUGAACAUCAAUUUGAAUCAUACUGCCUUUGGAAAGAGCCAUCAUGUCCUGAAAACUACACAGUUAAUCUAGCAGAGCCAAAUGGAAGAACUUGUUAUUUGCUAACUCAAGAAAUGAGUAAUUAUGAAGAUGGAGAAUGUAAAUCUGGAAAUCAUUUUCUGGAUAGAAUUGCCCAACCUGAAGAUCUAAAAUUAGUAAAACUUGCACUUCAAUACAAGAAGUUUGCCUGGAUCAAUCAAUCUACUGAGAAUUCAAAG